GACUCCGGAAGGGUCGUAAAACAUUCGUUUACGGCUGUUUGCAAGCAUCAACAAUUCAGUAGUAUAGGUUGUUUAUAAGCUAGAUAUCAGAAAAGAUGUGAAAGUCACAGUAUUUCAUGUACAAUGAUGGACACAGCGUAGCACUGGAUGGUUUAACUUUUAUUUUUAUCAAACUCUGUAAGCGUCAUCAGAAUGGAUGAAAUUAUGGACGAAGAUGUAAGUUAUGAGGUAAUGAUGGAUGAUCACAAUCAUAACAACUGGGAGGCCAACGAAGACGCGUACAGACAGUUGCAACAACAUCAUCAUGCAUUGCAGAAUAUGCCAGGUGGGACAGAAAUAAAAGUUCAGAAAGGUUUUCGCUCAGUGUCCGAGAUUGCUUCCACGAGGGAUCCGGACACUCCUGAGAAAGUAACCUUCAGCAACUCCACGACUUCAAAGUUCUUGAUGAAUGUGAUUACAGCAGAAGAUUAUAAAAAUGUAUACUGGCCAAAACUGGAGCGUGCCAUAGAUCAGCUUUUAACUCAAAGUCCUGGUGACUAUAUUCCCAUUUCCUAUGAACAAAUUUACAGUUGUGUAUAUAAAUGUGUAUGCCAGCAGCAUUCAGAGCGGAUGUAUAAUGAUUUGAUCCGAAAGAUAACAAACCACUUAAAGAGGGUCUCGGAAGAGCUGCAGGUCAGUCUUCUAGAUAGAUAUAUUGAAACAUUUAAUAGUGCCCUAACACAGUAUAUGGGAGCAUUACAGAGCAUUGCACCUCUCUUCAUUUAUAUGAACAAAUUUUACAUAGAAACAAAGCUCAACAGAGACUUAAAAGAUGACCUUAUAAAGUUGUUUACAGAACAUGUUGCAGAAAAGCACAUUUCUACCUUAAUGCCUUUACUCUUAGAAGCCCAGUUGACACCUUUUAAAAUAACUCCUUCCACAAUGGCAAGCAUAGUGAAAGGCUUGUAUACUCUUAGACCAGAUUGGAUACAGCUUGCACCAUCGCUAUUUGCCAAAUUCAUCCCAAAUAUUCUUCCUCCUUCCUUGGAAACUGAACUCCAUGAGUAUGCAGCACAAGAUCAGAAACUCCAAAGGGAAUUGCUACAGAAUGGCUUUACAAGAGGUAAUCAGUCCCGCAAGAGAGCCGGAGAAGAGAUAGUUAAUAAUGGAUCUUCUGGAAUUAUAGGCCCCAGAGGAUACAGAUAAUGAAGAUAGACUGUUACAGGAAAAAAGGGUUCUAGUAUGUAAGGAACAUACGUAUGAAGAUGGGAGACGUUUUACUGAAUAACACUGGAGCACAGAAACCCAGACAGAUGAUUUUGUACUAAGAGGGACGUGGACUUCAGCAAGUUCAACAAUCAAGCUGCUAACUGAAUUAAGAAGAUGGAGUCUGGAAAAUAAAGAAGGAAAACAAAUGUUUAUUUGACCCACGUGGGUUUGACUUUUUACAGACUUUUUCAAUGCUUCAUUAGAUGACAGGCACACCUGAUGAACUGCUAACAGACAUGUGAAAUCAACAGCUUCCUCAAGAAUACCUUCCAGAAAGAUAGUCUUACUUUCAUUUUGUCUGCUGGAUUUUUUGUGAAGCAAUUGCUACUUCAUCUCUAGUAUUUACAUAACAGAUGUUCAUCCGUUAUUGCUGGUACUUUGCUUCUGGAUAAAACACAAAAUAGACAGUAAAAUCUUGCACUUGUUGAUUUCAUAUUGCAAAAUAAAAGUAUUUGUUUCUUA